GUUAGGGCAAUAUUCGCCGUGGAUGGCGUGCUUGAUUGAUAAUCAAUCAGAUAUCUGGGUUGGAGAGUAGUGUUGCGGGGUAGCAUGAGAUGAUGCAAAACAUAUAAUGUAUAGACUUGGACUAAUUGGUUUGCUCUAGUUCAGACGCUUUCGUUGCAUUACAUCCCAGUGUAUUGUUUGUUGACUCUUGCCAUGACUGACUUCGAAAUUCCCCGCUACGAGCAGGUCCCCGAGACCAAAGAGGACCUUGACUGGGCCGAACUGGUAACAAUUGACCUUGGCCGAUUCGAUCAACCAGGAGGCAAGGAGCAACUGGUGCAGCAAUUGGAUCAUGCUGUCAAGCACGUUGGCUUCUUCUACGUAAAGAACUUCAACAUCACCCAAGAAGAGAUCGACCGCCAGUUCGCACUCGGUCGUGAAUUCUACUCCCUCCCUCUCGAGGAGAGACUCAAGUAUCACAGCACGCAAGAUCUAGAAAGGGGCGAGUACAACGGAUACCGUCCCGCAGGACAUCGCAUAAAUUACAGUCUUGGAAACGGUAUCAAAGACAAUGUCCAAGUGUACAACAUCCCCAAGUUCGACGGACACCACGAGCGCAAACAACCCACGAUUCUAGCUUCACAUAUAACCGAGAUCGAAGCAUUCAGUCGCAAAUGCCACACAGAGGUCGUUGAGAAACUGCUCCGCCUCUUCGCCAUCUUCCUCGAGCUCCCUGACGAGGACCAGCUGGUGCGCGACCACCAAUACGACAUCGAAGGCGAAGACCACCUGCGCUACAUGCACUACGCAGCCCGAAGCGCCGAGGAAAACAAACUCGUCGGCGAGCUGUACAGUCCCGGCCACACGGAUCUAGGCACGGUGACGCUUCUUUUCCGGCAACCCGUCGCGGCGCUGCAGAUCCUCAAUUCGGAGGGGCAGUGGAAGUGGGUGAGGCCCCAGGAUGGGACUAUCACGAUCAACACGUGUGAUGCUCUUACCGCGUUGACGGGUGGACUGAUCAAGUCGAGUGUUCACCGGGUGCAUGCACCGCCGAAGGAUCAGGCUGGGAUUGAUCGGUUGGGGGUGUUGUAUUUCGCGAGGCCGAAUAACCAUGUGGUUUUGGAUCCCAUUGCGAAUAGUCCGGUGUUGCAGAGGUCCGGUCUGACUGGGAAUGCAUUCACGGAGGUUGGAAAGCAUUUGACAACCAAGGAGUGGGUCAAGGCCAGGCAGACACAACAGCAGAGGCGGAGGCAAGAUGUCAAGGUUUCGGAUGAUGGCAAGUAUACGUUUAAGCCAAAGGAUUUGGAGAUCAUCCCAGGGCUGUUGGCGAAGGUUUACAACUAG